UUUGAGAAAUGCUGAUCUUGUUGAGCAGUGUCCUUGUGAAAUCUAUUAUUACUCCUGGAUGCAGCAGCUUGUGUAACUUGGACUGCUUCCCACAGAGAAGGAGUGUAAUUAGUAUGACCUCCACAUGACAUGAAGGCACAGGCAGUGCUAUCUGUCAUCCUCACCCUUGCACCACCUCUAAGUGGAUUUCACGUUAUAUUGCUUUUGUCUUCCUCAAAUCUUGAUAAUAUUGAGGAGAAGCAAAUUGCCAUUGGAGGACUUGGUGAAGAUGUAAUUCUCCCUUGCUUAUUUAAGAGUGCGCCUGAUGUAGUAGUUCAUUGGAAGAAUCAAGAGAGCUAUGUGCACUCAUACUACAAAGACCAUCUGGAAAGGCAAGAUCACAGAUACACAAACAGGACAUCCCUCUUUCAUAGAAAUGGAAAUGCCUCCUUAUCAUUUAGAAGAUUAAGCCUUCCGGAUGAAGGAAUUUACAUAUGCUAUGUGGGAACAGCAUCUAGAAACAUCAUAAACAAAGCAGUACUAAAGGUGGGAGCUUUCAUCACACCUGUGAUAAAGUAUGAAAAGAGGAACAGAGAUAGCUUCUUAAUAUGCAGUGUGUGAAGUGUUUAUCUUCAUCCACUUAUCACAUGGAAAAUGGACAAUACACCCACCUCUGAAAGCAAUAUGGAAGACACUGAGUCUUUGGGUUUUUAUAUAAAUAGUAUGAUAAAUAUUACAGGAUCAAAUUUAUCUUAUGAAUGUGCUACUGAAAACUCAUUGCCGAAACAAACAUGGACUGGGGAUUGACAAUGAAAGGUAGGCUCCAUGGGGCUUUCUGUGUGCAUGUGCUAUGUCCGAGGUUGGGAGGGAAUUAGGAUUGAUUUACAGGGAAAGAAGAGAGCACAAAAGAAAGAAAAUGUAUCUGCACCAGUUAGAGGACCAAAACAACAGUCCCAGGUCUGAUAUAUACUGGCUUUGUUAUCUUAAGCAACCAUUUUUAGCUCUAAGCACUAGCUCCACAUUGGUAAGACAGAAGUAAUUCUACCUGUUAGGUGUUUGUGUUGAAGGAAAACAUUUUUAAAAUGGAAAGUAGCAAAUAUACUCAUGAAUAUUAUAUUUCUCUAUGAUUUGUCCUCUAAAUAGGAUUUCCUACCUGCAUUGCACUUCAAAAAAUGAGAGGAUACUUGCCUAUUAAGUUACAAUCUGUGAUGUUUGCCAUUCUUUCCACUAAACAAAAAUUAAUUAGUAUUGCCUCUGUUUAUUCUCUUUACAUAGUAUUAUCCUAUUAAGCUUUAUCAACAGCACUAUCAUAGCGUGAACAGUUCUUGAUACUCUUUCCUCUUAUUUAUUUGAAAAAAUCUAAAUUUUGACCAAUCUCUAAAUCUACUAUAAUCUACUCUAAUAACCUACUAUUUAAGAGAAAGAGAAAUUAAUUUGAUAUUUCUUAUCCAAUUCUAAGGAAAAAUGUUUUAUAUUUUAGAAGCAAAGCAAAAUUUCUUUAGUAAAUCUCCAUUAUAUGGAGAAGGUAGAGGUUAGCUGCUCUCCUUUUUGGGCUUCUUUCCUGAGUCUCGUAUUCUCCAAGUGCUUGCCAAGAAGACCCUGAAUUAUGAGUGAUUCACCAACUUUACAUAAUUUCAGCAUUGAAGGCAGGGACACCCAGUAUUCACUUUUCCAGGCAGUGAUGGGAAUAUGGAAAAGUGUUGAAAAUGUUGAUGUUAAAUUGUAAAUACUUUCUAUGGAAAAUUGUAUUUUCUCACAUUUAUUCAGAAUUGAGUAUGCAGAAGCAUCUACAGUUUCUUAAGCUCAGUGCUAUUUCCUCUUGUUGAGGAUUUUUUUAUCUGCCAAGUUUGUUGCUCUCAGACUGUGAACUUAAGAAUGGGGGCUUCUGGGUGGCUCAGUCGGUUAAGCAUCUGACUUCGGCUCAG